AUGGUCAAGACACUUCCUUUCGGCGACCGACAGGUCUCUAUUCCCGGCUUUGGCGCUAUGGGACUGAAUGCGUCCAUGGGCACAGAUUUCGACCUCGCACAGUCCGAACCUGUUCUUUUGAAAGCUGUUGAGCUCGGCUGUACAUUCUGGGAUACUGCGGUUGCCUACAAGGCUGGUGAAAAUGAGAAGCUGCUGGGGGAAUUCGUUAAGAAGCACAAUGUCCGCGACAAGAUUUUCGUGGCUUCCAAGUGUGGAUUUGACGUCUUCGGACCCCAACGGAAGGUAACCAACUCGGCCGCCCAUAUCAAGGAGUACAUCGAGGGAACGAUCGACAGGCUUGGGUUCGCUCCUGAUCUCUAUUAUCUUCACAGGAUCGAUCCAAAUACACCCCUCGAGGAGUCCAUCGGCGCCCUGGACGAACUCCGCCGCAGCGGAAAAACAAAAUACAUUGGCCUGUCCGAAUGCUCAGCUGCAACUUUGCGCAAGGCUAACGCAAUCGCUAAGAUUGAUGCGGUUCAAGCCGAGUACUCUGCCUUUGAGACAAUCCACGAGACCAGUGGCCUGAUUGAAACAGCAAAAGAAUUGAGUGUGGCCUUUGUGGCAUUCAGCCCUCUGGGGCACGGCUGGCUGGUAGAUGACUUCCAGUACAAAUCUCCUGACGACUUCGCUCCUACUGAUUUCCGACGCACUGUCCCUAAAUUUCAGGGCGAAAACUUCUACAAGAACAAGGCUAUUGUUGAUGAGAUCAAGAAGCUAGCCACCAAAAAAGGUUGCUCAGUUGCGCAGAUUGCCCUGGCCUGGGUUGCUGCGCAAGGAUUGAUCACUAUCCCCGGAACGACUAGGGCUUCACGCUUGGCAGAGAACUGGGCAUCUCGUGAUAUCGAAUUAUCGGACGAGGAAGUCAAGGAGAUGCGUAAGAUUGUGGAUGCUGCCAAGCCCGUUGGAGAGAGAUUCGCCCCCAUCUUCGAAUCGAUGGUCGGUCAUUAG